CCAGGGAGAGAAAGGGAAAGAGAUCACUUCAAAAUCAGCGAAACUGUGAAUCAAAGACUAUCAUAUAGAUAACGUCCUAACAUUCAUAAAAUAACCGGUCUGCAGCAACCGGGGUCAACGAGCCUAAAAUGCCCCAGCUGGUGACCUCUGACAUGUAAAUGGCGUCCAAAGUGCGAGAUGCUGUGGUGUGGUACCAGAAGAAGAUUGGCGCUUAUGACCAACAGAUAUGGGAGAAGUCUGUUGAACAAAGAGAAAUCAAGGGCCUGAGGAACAAGCCGAAGAAGACAGGCCAUGUGAAAGCAGACCUCAUUGAUGUGGACCUGGUGAGAGGUUCUGCUUUUGCCAAGGCCAAGCCUGAGUCUCCCUGGACGUCUCUGACCAGGAAGGGUCUCGUCAGGGUGGUAUUGUUCCCCUUCUUCUUCAGAUGGUGGAUCCAGGUCACCUCCAGAGCCAUCUUCCUCCUCCUCCUCCUCCUCUACCUGCUACAAGUGGCUGCUGCAGCGUUAUUCUUCACCAUCCCCCAGCCCCACAGUAUCCCGACCACAGAGGUGUUUGGGGCGAUAUGGCUGAUGCUGUUACUGGGGACAGUGCACUGCCAGAUCGUCUCCACACGCACCCCCAAACCCACCAGCAGCAGCAGCUCUGGCAAGAGAAGAAGGCGUUUAAGGAAGGCCGCUCACUUGGAUGUACAUAGGGAAGGAGAUGGCUCUAGCACCACUGAUAACACCCGGGAGGGGGGCCCACACUGCCCCGGUGCCGCCACCGGCUCACCUUACAGCCUGUGCAUCGCUCUCUUCAGAGAUUUCUGGCAUGAUAUCUGUAAAGCGCGGUCUAAGAAGUCCAAGCUGUCCAUAGACAAGUCCACAGAGACAGAUAAUGGCUAUGUGUCUCUGGAUGGGAGGAUAACCUGUAAGAGUAGUGAGGAGGGGCUACAGCUCCACGAUGGAGGAUCUCACCACUGUGACCUGCUGCUGAGGUCAGACGAGACGUGUUGGACCGCACCCCCGCCUCUCAACACGCUGUUGCUGCCCCCCGUCACCAAGGAGACCCAGAGCCGUGGUGUGGAGAACAUGUCUGAUGAGGCGUCUAGUGAGGAGGAUCCUGAAGCGUCCUACACCGCCAUCCGUAGGGGCGUAGAGCGCAUCAGCAGCGACUGCACGCUGCGCAACAGGAAACCACAUCACUACAAGAAACACUACACCAUCAACACUGAGGAGACUCCUAAGUCCGGUACCAGCUGUAGUUCUCGGUGCUCCAGCCUGCGGACCCAGGACUCAGAGAGCACCAGACACGAGUCAGAGACAGAGGACCUGCUGUGGGAGGACUUCCUGCACUGUGCUGAGUGUCGCUCCUCCUGCACCAGCGAGACAGAGGGAGAGGGAGCUGCAGCCUGCCCUGCUACCAAGAAGGAGUACAGAGAUGACCCCUUUCACCAGGGUCACACGUGGCUACACAGCAGCAACCCGGGUCUGGAGCGGGUCAGUGCCAUCGUCUGGGAGGGGAACGACUGUAAGAAGGCUGACAUGUCUGUCCUGGAGAUCAGCGGUAUGAUCAUGAACAGGGUCAACCUGUUCACCCCAGGUAUUGGCUACCAGGUCUUUGGUAACCUGGUGUCAGUGACUCUGGGCCUGACGCCCUUCGCCUAUAGGCUGUCUCAGUACAAGGACCUGGAACAGCUGACACAGCUCUCAGCCAAUGAGCUCAUCUCUGUAGCGUUCGGCUCCUCCUCCGACGUCAUGGUGAUCACCAUGGUAACGCUCAGCUUCAUGGUGCGCGUCUGUCUCAUCUGGCUCUUCUUCUUCCUGCUCAGCGUGGCCGAGAGGACAUACAAACAGAGGCUGCUAUUCGCCAAGCUGUUUGGUCACCUGACGUCGGCACGGCGAGCCAGGAAGUCGGAGGUGCCUCACUUCCGUCUGAAGAAAGUCCAGAACAUUAAGAUGUGGCUCUCUCUGCGCUCGUAUCUCAAGAGAAGGGGUCCUCAGCGGUCGGUGGAUGUGAUCGUGUCCUCUGCCUUCCUCCUCACCCUCUCUGUAGUCUUCAUCUGCUGUGCUCAGUUGCUCCAUAUCCACCACACCUUCCUGGAGUGUCACUAUAACUGGGAGCUGGUGAUCUGGUGUUCCUCUCUGUCUCUCUUCCUGCUCCGCUUUGUUACCCUGGGCUCAGAGACCACCAAGAAAUACAGCAACACCUCCAUCUUACUGACAGAACAGAUUAAUCUGUACCUGAAGAUGGAGAAGAAACCAAACAAGAAGGAGGAUCUGACAUUAGUCAACAACGUACUGAAGCUGGCCACCAAACUAUUGAAGGAGUUGGAUGCUCCGUUCAGGCUGUAUGGUCUGACGAUGAACCCUCUGCUCUACAACAUCACCCAGGUGGUCAUCCUGUCUGCUGUGUCUGGGGUCAUCAGUGAUCUACUGGGCUUCAACCUGAAGCUCUGGAAGAUCAAAUCAUGACAGUAAACUGAUCAGGUCACUGCUGGCUCUGGAAGAUGUGAUACAUUCUCUCACCACACAAGGGCGCUGUUGUCCUUUCGCUCACGGACUGACUGGGCUUCCCUGUAUCUAUGGUCUGACGGACAAACAGCCCCAUUCUCAGAGUUCAUAACGGAGUGCUUACAUUUCACUUGUGCAAUUCAAGAUAUAUUUAUUUGACCCUUUCAGUAUUUUUUUGUUGUUGUUUAAAAAGUUAUUUUAAGCUAUAGAGGUUUUGUGUUCUCAGAGAGAUGGGAUCAAAACACAGCAAGAUGACAGUUCAGUUUAAAAGGUAAAAGAGUUCCAUCACUUCAGACUAGUAAUGACAAUGUGCAUUAUAAUGCAGCUGUUUAGUUUGACGACUGUGACACACAAACGCAGUCAUUUCACUGUGAGAACUGUAGUUGUUUCCGAUCAUAGACGGACUGUAAUAACGACGUGUUUUAAAGCCUACAUACACACAAACACGUUGUACUUUCUGGUAAACUCAAUGGAGGCUUUUUUUGUUGUUGCUUUUGACGACAACAACAGUACACCAAAGUUCAGAAUAGAUGAACAAUGUUUCUGUGUGUUUGGCGUUUCUAAUGAUAAGCUAAGUGACAGCUGUAGUGGAGAGAUAGAGGCAGGAUAAAACACAACACAUCACUCAGAUGAUUGGUGAGAAAAUAGGUGACUGUACUGACUAGAUGAGGUACAGUACUGGCUAGAUGGGAGGUACUGUACUGGCUGGAUGGGAGGUACUGUACUGGCUAGAUGGGAGGUACUGUACUGGCUAGAUGGGAGGUACUGUACUGGCUGGAUGGGAGGUACUGUACUGGCUGGAUGGGAGGUACUGUACUGGCUAGAUUGGAGGUACUGUACUGGCUAGAUGGGAGGUACUGUACUGGCUAGAUGGGAGGUACUGUACUGGCUAGAUGGGAGGUACUGCACUGGCUGGAUGGGAGGUACUGUACUGGCUGGAUGGGAGGUACUGUACUGGCUAGAUGGGGGGUACAGUACUGGCUAGAUGGGAGGUACUGUACUGGCUAGAUGGGAGGUACAGUACUGUACUGGGUGGAUGGGAAUAUGUAAACCUAGCCAACAUAUCUGGGUUAGUAUUCUGUAUGUCAAACUGAGACAUCCAGGCCCGCUAGCCAAAACUAAACGGUGUGUGACUGAGCAUUGUUAACUAUGUUACUCGUAUAAUGAUCAUUUGGGGGGGUGCUUAUGUUUGUCCUGGUACACACUUGUACAAGUCUGUAAUGGAAAUGUGUUUCUUACAUACUGAUACCCUGAGGGUCUUUUAUGGUGAUACCAUUCAGUAUUGGCUUCUGUACUCCCAAGCCUAUUUUCUAAAGCAGACACAGUGAUGUGUGCAGUCUGGUUGAAUAUUGCUAUUCAGGCUUGUGAGCCAUCAUCACAACCCAGUCAAAAUGUUGCUUUUUCUCGCCCUCCUUCCCUUUCUACUAUUUUACGUUGCAUGGUUUUCUCACAGCACAUUUUGAGUUAUUUCAAUGGUUAGACUGUAUUUCAAGCAAUAACUCGUAGCUCAACACAGACUGAACAUGUUUGUAUUAUAUUUAGAACAAAGAGGUCCCAGGUCUUAGUUGCUGUACACACAGGCGAUGUUCGCCGCUACCGUUUGGAAUGCCUGAAAAUGUGCACUUUACAGUAGUGUAUAAAAACAAUGUUACAUGUUUCUUUCACACAAACCAUUGUAGUUGUUCUUUUUUUUGUACUUUUUGCCGUGGCACAGUCUGUGUGAAGAUGACCAACGUGCUUUUUAUUUGCUGGAUAAAACUGUAUUAUUAUUAACACUCUUUAAAAAAAACAAAAUAACUGUUUCGGUUUCACAUUAUUGGAAAUGCUUUAAGAAAACAUGGUGUCGUCUCUUUCUCUCUUUGGCAUUUGUUUCUUUAUUGUUGUUGUGAAGAUGGUCACUCAUGUUUUGUGGUUGCGAGAGAAAAGACACAAUUUGCAGUCACUUGAGUCUGAAAAAUGUAUUUAGAAAAUGACUCUGAACCUGUCUGAAAUGCCAUCCUGAUCCCUAGUGCACCAGAGCCCUGGUCAAAAGGAGUGCACUACGUAGGGAAUAGGGUGACAUUUCAGACGCACAUUUGUUGUUUGCGUUGUGAUUCCGUUUUCAAAGGAAGUCUGCAUAUUUAUGUUGAAGAAGAAAAUAAACUUUUUGUGGGCUGGUGUGUUUCAUCAGUUCUAGGUGUUUAUAAGGAAAAUAAAAAUGGACUUUGUUGUGUCACUCAGA